UCGUGUGCGUGCGAUCUGUCAAGCGCUGUUUGCAUCGUUCUGUGCUAAUGGAGAAACAGAAGCGCCUCAGUAGAGGAAGAUUAGCUACCCGGCAUACAACUGUUGCUCUAAUCCGAUCUGAGAGGAUAGGCUUAGGACAACUACAAGACAGGAGCGAUACUGCCAUAUUGUUUGUUUUUUUGCAAUAAUAAAAAAGAAUAUUUUUGAGUUAAAAUAAGAUAUUUUUGUCUAAAACAAUAAUAAAAAGGUUCUAUUGGAACUCUGAACUGGGAGUAUUCAUACUGUAGUUAACAUGUUUUCUAGUUAUCCAGUCUGAAAACAGCGUCGCUGAUACCUUUUAUCUUCUAUAUUGACCAUUACAGCUAUUCGAAAUCUUACAAAUCUCAUAUUACACAGAACCGAAGAUGAAGGAUCGCCUGGAACAACUAAAAGCGAAAUCGGAUCAAGCUCCUGAUGAUGUGGAAAUUCCAGUGGAAAAUAAAGAAUUCAUGGAUGAAUUCUUCGCUCAGAUUGAGGAAAUCCGCACCAGUAUAGACAAGAUUGAUGAAAAUAUAGGCGAGAUAAAGCGACUGUAUUCUGUCAUCCUUUCUGCACCUACAUCAGACCAGAAGACACAGGAUGAAUUGGAGGCAGUUACUAAUGAGAUAAAGAAACUGGCCAACAAUGCUCGCAACAAACUCAAAAGCAUUGAGCAGAGCUUGGCAUCCAACACAGAGGAGAGGGUUUCAGCAGAUAUACGGAUAAAGAAAUCUCAGCAUGCCAUUCUUGCUAAGAAGUUCGUAGAGGUCAUGACCAAAUACAAUGAAGCCCAGGUGGAGUUUAGAGAGAAGAGCAAAGGGCGCAUCCAAAGACAGCUGGAGAUCACUGGCAAAGUUACUACUGAUGAGGAACUGGAGGAAAUGCUGGAUGGAGGAAACGCUGCAGUAUUCACAGCAGGAAUUAUGGACUCUGGGAUAUCAAAACAGGCACUAAGUGAGAUUGAGGCACGUCACAAAGAUAUUAUGCGACUGGAGAGCAGCAUAAAAGAGUUGCAUGACAUGUUUGUGGACAUUGCAAUGCUAGUGGAGAAUCAGGGAAGUAUGAUUGACAGGAUUGAGAGCAACAUGGAUCAGUCAGUGGGUUUUGUGGAAAGAGCUGUGGCUGACACUAAAAAGGCUGCCAAGUUCCAACAGGAAGCACGCAGGAAGAAGAUGAUGAUCAUGCUGUGUUGCACGAUUCUUGCGGUCAUCGGUGGUUCUCUGGUGUAUAGCUGGCUGACAUAAACUUCAAGGUGAAGAGUUUGUCUAGUCUACCAGAGUCUCUAUCAAGAAUCAAGAGAAGCAUCUUAGUGCCGGUGAACCAUAAGCAUCUCUACUGACACAUAACAUGUUUUCCCGUGCUUGUUUAUCUAAUUUUGUCUUUUACAUUCUUCCUGUCUUAUCAUUUGGCCUUGCAUUGUUAGAGGCAUCGUAGUAUAAUGUGAUGUGCAAGCAAUGUUAGGGCUGUGGUAUGAAAAAUAGCUUUAAUUUGUUUUAUGGGAAUUUAUGAUAAAGCCUAUAUAUGAUGAUAAAAGAUACAUAGAGGCUGUGUUUUGUUUUUGAGGCCUCAUUUUUGUAACUGACAAGUGAAACAUUUUACACUACCAAUGUCAAAUAUUUUGUGUCCACUUAGUCCUUAUUGGGGGAAAAAACUUAAACAUUUUAAUCAUGAUUUAGCUUUUAUUUUAGGACAAUGAGAGUAAAGGUGGUUAUGUUGUUACUGACCAUUUAAUGCGGAUUAGUAGCACUUUAUUUUUUCAGUUUAGCUGGUACUUUUCUUGUAUGUAAGUGAUGAUAGUAGUAUUGUAUUAUAUAUAUAUAUACAUAUAUAUAUAAUUUGGAGACACCGGAGUUAUACAGUAGUCUGACUGAGUUAUUGUCUAGACUGAGUGGUCGUGAUUAAAAGACCGGAGUGUCUAAAAUCUGUGUUAUUCGUUCUUUCAUCAAGGCUUAAAAAAAUAAAUUAUUAUUAAUUAUUAUUUAUGCGAGAAACUUUUCUGCAGUUGGU